UUUCUUCCAUGACAUAGCCCAGGCUACAGAAAUUUUUAUAUGCACUUAAAUAAUCAUUUUUGAAAAUUGUACAAUUUGUCUUUGGAAUUAAGUUUUACAUAGACACGUGAUGCCUGGUAUGACUGAAAAAAGCUGGUUUAUAUGAUUUUAGAUCACAUGAUUACUGCCAAUGGACUUGAUGGGUUCUGGGUUUUUAAGGUUGACUUUUUAUAGCUGAAUGUGCUGCUUCUUAUAGUUGGGUAUUGUACUUUAGAACUAUCAGAGUGGUUAGUUUGUAACUGAGACAAAUGUAUGCAUUUUUUUCUUGUUUUGAAGAGGAUUAUUUCUAACACUGAUUUGUAUUUCUAAUAUAACAAGAUAACAUGAUUUACUUUAAUAGACAAGACUAAUUGUGCAAAAACUAGUGGAUAUAGCACAGAGGUGUGUUUUGAAAUGCAUUGCAAAUGGGGGUUCUUUGUUCGACAUGCAUCCUCAUUAAAUAUAGAAUGUGUUUGUUUGUGUGUGCAAGUGAUUAGUAUAUAUUUGGCAUUUGCAUCAAUUUAUAGUGAAGCAGUUGUGUACUUUUCCCUAACCGUAGAAAUGGUUGCCUCUUGGUUUGUGGAUAUUUAACCCGCAUGAACAAGACUUCCCACUUUGCCAUCAAAUUUUUGAAAGACUAUUUUUCUGUUCAGCUGCACCUCCUGCCCCAGCUUCCUCCCAGCAACCGCAGGCAGCUUCUGGCUCUGCAAAACCCAAAGGCAAAGAUGCCAAGGGUGCACAGGGUUCCACUGCCCCAAAGGCUGUCCCUGGCAGAAGAAAACGGUCCUCUAUGUCUGCCUCUUCCUCUUCUCCCACCUCUCCAAAAUCUACUCCCUCUUCCACCCCACGUUCACCUAUGCCAUCUUCUCCCCUUGCUUCCUCACCUGGCAGCUCUCUUGCCAGUCAGAGCUUGACACCAAAAGUUAUCAAGGCUGGCAAACAAGUAAUGCCUAAAAAAGGAGAAGGAUUUGUACCUGCCCCUCUCCCUGUGGAAAAGCCUCUAGGGUCUAGCCCUAAGCCAACUACAGUUGAAGCUAAACCUGAAGCAGUUGAUGUAAAAAGCAUCUCCUCAGCAGCUCCAAAGCCAGUUGCAGGCCCUCCAGCUUUUAAAAUUACCUCAAAACCUGCUGUUGCUGCUCCUGUUUCAUUUGCAGGUACUCUUGCAACUAGCCCUCCUAAAUCAGUUGAGUUUAAAGCAGCAUCCCCUAAAGCACUUCCUGUUACCGUAGUUGAUGAUGAUCUCCCGCCACUUAUCCCACCUGUGAAGCCAGUUAAAAUUCCAGAAGUAGUUCCCCCUGUUGAGAAAGAGAUUGCCAAAUGUGCCACAUCUCCCCCGAAACCACAGCAUAUUCAGAGUUCUACUGCUGUCCCCAUUGAGGCCAUUAAGGUAGCCCCCAAACCUGCACCUGCAGAGGCUAAGAAGAUCGAUAUGAAGCCUAAGUCUGAGGAUCCUAAGGUGGGUUCUGAGGCCAAAUCUGUCCCUAUUGAAGGUGUGAAGGUGGUUACUGAAGCAGUUACCAUUGAGGCCCUUAAGCCAGCUCCUGUUGAAGUCGAGGCCCAGCCUCUGCCCAUUAAAGCUCCUGAACCAGUACUGGCAGCAGCCCCAAGUGAGCCCAUACCUGUUGAGGCUGCCAAGCUAGUUGCAGAGGUCAAGCCUGCUCCUCCUAAGGCUGUUGCUCAGGAUAAACCUGCUGCCCCUGUUGAGGUUCCUAAGCCAGCUGCUCCUGUUGAGGUUCCUGAGCCAGCUGCUCCUGUUGAGGUUCCUAAACCUGCUGCCCCUGUCGAGGUUCCUAAGCCAGCUGCCCCUGUCAAGGUUCCUAAGCCAGCUGCCCCUGUCAAGGUUCCUAAGCCAGCUGCCCCUGUCGAGGUUCCUAAGCCAGCUGCCCCUGUUGAGGUUCCUAAACCUGCUGCCCCUGUUGAGGUUCCUAAGCCUGCUGCCCCUGUUGAGGUUCCUAAGCCUGCUGCCCCUGUUGAGGUUCCUAAACCUGCUGCCCCUAUUGAGGUCCCCAAGCCCUCAGUUGAGGACAAGUCUGUUCCUGACAAACAAGUUACAGUAACAAAAUUGGUGAAGUCAGAUGUGGAAGUUAAAUCUGCUCCAGAGGUUAUCAAAGCUGCAGAACCUAAACUACCUGCCGCUGAGCUUCCCAAGCCAGCUACUGAAGCUAAAUUGCCAGAAGGUAAGGCUGCUCCCACUGAGCCUGCAAAGCCUGAUACUCCUGCAGCCAAACCAUCACCUCCUUUUAAGCCCGCUCCUGUUGAGCCCGCUGUUUCUGCCCCAGCUUCACGUAAACUCACAUUUGCUGAGGCUGUUGCAAAGCCUUCCCCUGUUAAACCUGAGGUAAUUGAUACAACUCCUUCUGAGCCUGUCUCAUCACCUAAACCUGCUAAAAUCCCUGCCAAGGUGGAGCCUGUGAUCAAGAACGACAAGGGUAUUUCCUCCUUUCUCUCAUGAUUUUUGCUAUGUUUUUCCAAUUGCUAUCUAGCAAUCUAGUUGUUGAAAUAGGCUGCUUUUAUUUGAAAUGGUUCCCAUAUUGCAUCCCAUGGUUAACUUUAAGCCAUUUUUGCAGUCUCAUUUAUGGUUCUAUAAUGUUUAAUGAUGAGCUAUUUGUUGAAAAUAACUGUUGGGUAAACAGCAGUAUGGAUUUAAGCUUCCAGAGUCUAUUGUGCAGAAUGAAUGGUUGUUGCAGUUUUGCGUUUGCUGUUUACUUGUGACUGCCUAAUUUCCUAAUCUUCAUUCCAGGAUUCAUAUAGCUUUAUCCAGAAUAACUUAACCAAGUGGAUUUAGGAGGGUGGUAUGUUCUGCUGUCUAAAUUAUGGUUCCUGUUGCUGUUU